UCUGCUACUGAUCUCAGUUUUCUAAAACAUGUCCCUGUUCCUGUUAAAUUUCAGAUUAUUGCGAUGACUCAUUAAGGGGAUGGAAGGUGGGGUCAGUUGGUCCCUCCUAUCACAUAAAGCUUGUGUCUUCUGAACUUCACUUUUUUUUUUCUCUGCAUUUCUAGAGCUGUGGAGUUUAUUAAUUUCGGCUGCUGAUCCAUGCUACUAGCUGUCACGUCCACCGAAAAACCAUCAGAUCUGAUCCCAGGACCUCAGGGCCACUCUGAAAUUUGAUGUUUUGUGCUCUUUGUGUUAAGAAAAUGAUUGCAGUGCUGGUGCUUCUCAUCAUAAAGCCAGGAACUAUAAAUGCGGAUUGGUCUGUGAGGUUGGAAAACCCAAAUCCUUGUGCUGUGAAGGGAUCGUCGGUGGAGUUGAGGUGCUCAUACAACUAUCCAGACGGUGAAACUGUUCAAAAAACUGCAUGGUACAAGGGGGACUUGGUUGAUGGCUUGUGGAAACGUGUUGCUCUGUCACACCUUCCAUCAUAUCAAAAUCGUUCUGAAUAUGUCGGUGACCUGCAGCACAACUGCAGCCUGGCACUUCAUGACCUGCAGAAUGACGACGCUGGGUAUUACUACUUUAGGUUUGACACAAAUACAUAUGGAAGGCAUAGUAAAACAUCUGUGUAUCUGACUGUCACAGAGCUGAAAGCCAGAGUCCAUCCAGAGAGAGUGCGAGCAGGAGACAAUGUGACUCUUGAAUGUGGAGCAUCGUGCCAACUUCCCAACACUGUCUGGUUCAAAAAUGGACAUCCAGUGUCAAAACCAAAUUUCACAGUUCAGGCAGAGGAUGCUGGGAAUUAUUUAUGUGCUGUUGAAGGGCAGGAGUCAGUGCAAUCAGACCCUGUGACUCUUGAUGUUCAGUAUUCUCCACUGAAUGUGACUGUUGAGGUGAGCCAGGCCGGCCUCCUGAUGGUGGGCAGCAGUGUCAAUCUGACCUGCAGCAGUGUUGCUAACCCUGCUGCAGACAGCUACACCUGGUACAGGAGUACUAGUCCCAGCUCCCUGCUCCAGGUGGGGUCAGGACAGGUGUUAUCUCUUCCCUCCGUGGAGGCGUCCCACACUGGACUCUAUUUCUGCCAGACCAGGAACCGUCUGGGAGAAAGCAACUCAACUCAUGUGCUGCUGACAGUGACAGAAACAGACAAUCAUCGUCUCAUCCUCCUUGUUGGUAUUGGAGUGAAAGUGGCUAUUCUGCUGUUGCUUCCACUGUUGGUAAUCUGGAUUUGGAGGCAGUGGCGUAAUUCUGCUUCAGAAACAGAGAAUCAUGAUUAUGAAAACAUCCGAGCCAUCAAACGGGUAGAAGGCUAAGAAACAUGAGAAGCAGGAUGACCUUUCGUUACAAUAGAUAGAUGACUCGGCACGUUGGCAAAAGAAUGUUUGUGGUUUGUUUGCUACCGGUAGCUCAACUGAGUUCUGAAAAAUAGCUGAAGCUGAGCAGCAAGAUUGCCAGUAUUAAUGUUCAGCCCUUUCAUGGAUGUCUCUAAUGCUGGAGAAAGAACUGUAAGAAAACAUGACUGAUGUUUAUUCAUCAGCUGAACAUCCAUUACCUUGAGUAUUACUUGAACUUCGGUGAUGUUAUUCACCCAAAGUAAUUAUUUAAAUUCUAGUUUUGUACCGUGUUUGAACAGUGUUGCUGAUCGGAAAAUAGCUCCUUCCAGUAAAUGAUUAACUGCUGUUGCAGCAGAUUGUAUUUACAAUCAGAGGUUAAACCAGGAUAUGCUGCCCCCCUGAGUUCAAAAGACACACGUACAGCCUUUCCCAUGGCUGGGUUGAGGCUGUUGGAGGUUUAUAUUUUAGAAUGUGAAGUGUUUUUAAUGGUAACAGAAAUAACAUUUUGAACAAAUGCUGGCUGCUAAGUGUAUAAAUUAUGUUCUGUAUGGCAUAUUGUCCUGGUUAUUUUUGUAUUUUUAUGUCAUUAUCAUAUUUUGCUAUGCAAUAAACUUGGUCAUAUGUACAUAUCAA